AGACCUGGAACAACCAGCUUUCACCAGGUGGCGCAACUGUACUUCCUCUUUUCCACAUCAUCACAGACUUUCCAACAUGCCAGCACCAGCAAGUUCAACAUCAGUAGGAGCAGGGCGCAGCCCCUCAUCCAAGUCAGUCAGUCCUCGAUCUGGCGGAGGGUCAACAGUUAGACAGAGGAAAACACCUUCUUCAUCUGGUGGUGCCAAGAAAGCCGUUGCUGGUGGUGGCAGUGGGGCUGGAAUGUGGAGAUUUUACACAGAAGACUCACCGGGAAUUAAAGUGGGACCAGUACCAGUUCUAGUGAUGAGUUUGAUAUUCAUUGCCUCAGUAUUCAUGUUACACAUAUGGGGAAAAUACACAAGAGGAUAAAGAGACUGCAAGAACUGUGGAUAUUAUUCAACUUAGAUACAUUUCCAGUGAGUUGAAUCAAAACUCAUAGACUGCAUAAAGAUAAAACGAGGAUUACAAGUCCUGCAUAGGUUUCCUUAUACAUGUUUUAUUAAAAGAUAUUUCUUUUGUACAUUGUUUAAGAUGCAGCAUUUACAGUUAUUAUCAUGAUAAAUACAUUCAUUGUUUUAAGUUAUUUUUCAGUCAGUUUGUGCAAGAGAAGUUGGAAAGAAAGAAUGAGAGAUAAAUAUUUGGAAAAUAAAAAUUUUAUAAUUCUUAAA